AGAAGGCGAAGCAUCGUGGUUCUCGAGCUGGGUGGGUUGUUGUACACCACAGUUUUUCCGCGAGUUGAGGCACCUCCCACAUCUUUAGCCCGCUUAGAGCGUUUUUCCUCCGGCAACCGGUGAAGCGCCAAGUUUGCUGCUCAUUUCCGAAACGGCGAGGAGCAAACUUUCAGCAUUGAUAUUGACGGCGCUGUGGGCAGCUCGGCUGAGUCUCUUAAGGAAAGUGAAGCGGAGUAGCAGCGUCGAUUCAGAAAGCGGAAGACAGGCGAGCCUCAGCUUUUACAAUGGGUUGCAGACUAAAUAAAUUGGAAAAACAUGGUGACAAACGGCCUGGAAACAUUUAUUCCACUCUGAAGAGGCCCCAGGUUGAAACAAAAACUGAUGUUUUCUAUGAAUACCAUUUUUUAGAUUUUACAACUUUAAGUAAUGUGGAGUUACCAAGAUCAGCAAUAACCAAGCUGUCUUCCUUACGUGAUCUUCCACUUCAACUGCAAGAUUUCUACUAUCAAGGCUUCUGUUUGGCUACCAUCUAUCCCUUUCUGCAAUCUAAUAAGAAUGAGAAGACAAUUCAGGAGCAAAUCUUCAGGGCUGUACUGAUCAAGAAAAUGGAAAGACCUUUGCAAAGAGAACCUGUCAAUGAAUGGAAUACUUUGGAGAUUGAAAGUUGCUUCUUCUCAGAUCAACUUCCAGAUAAAUCAAAAAUACCAGACCUUAUAAAAAAAAUUCAAGAUGCUGCAAGUCGGGGCCUGAAAUUUGUUGGGAUAGUACCUCAGCAUGUUUCCCAAAUGAACUCCAAGAGUAUUAGUGCUGUAAUAUCUAUCAGCAACAGCUCCCCAGAAUUAAAAGAUGACAAGAAUGAAGAUUGUUCUUCAUUAAUUUUUGAAAAGGGUAAUGACAGUGAUGUAUGCAAGGUCCUAGCAACAGAAGAAGAAUGUAGUGACCAGCAGAUGAACUCUAGUGAAGAUCUAGGAGGUGAACAGGCAAUUACUGAGCAUAUUAGCUUAAUGUCUUCUGGAGAACUUAGAGGGAAGCUUCAAGAAACUGAGACCUUGGCACUCUUCAACCAGCCAAAGACCUUGCAGACACCCAGCCAAUACUACACCGUAAUUGUACCGGUAAGAUUCAUCAACAGUGGAAAAAGCAUUUGUGCCUUAGAAGCCAAUUGGCUCGAGGACAUGACAGAUCACUUCCGAAAAGGGAGUACAUUGGUACAUGGCAUCUUCAAUCAUGGAAUGAUAGAUGAUACCUUCCAGGGCACGACAGAUGGAAUGUUCAUCUUUGAAGAUCCUUCUGUAGAUGAUAGCAGAAGUGUCCAAGGCUAUGAUGCUAUUGUUGUAGAGCAGUGGACAAUCUUAGAUGGGGUUCAGGUACAGGCAGAUUACAUCCCCUUGUUGAACUCUCUUGCAGUAUAUGGUUGGCAGCUGACCUGUGUGCUUCCCACUCCAAUUGUAAAGACAAAGAGAGAUGGAAAACUAGCCACAAAGCAGAUUGUCUUUCUUCAGAGACCUUUCCUGCCCCAGAAAAACAAGAGGAAGCAACCUAAGUUACAUUGGAGAUUCUCUAAACAAGACCAACACCAGCAAGAGAAGAAACCUCUGAAGGCAAAGCUAAGUGCCAGAGCCCAACAGCAGCAGACAGAAGAAACGCAGGAGUCAGAAGCUACAAAUGGAAAAAAUUCAGAAGCACAGCUUUCCACAAAUGAUUUACAAUUUCCAGUAAUUUCGUAUCAGCAGCUGGCUUGUGCUGAAGACAGGACUCUUGAGCACAGAAUGCCUUCCUAUGACAAGGAGAUAUCUGCUGAAACAUGGAAUGCAAGUCAGAGUGGUGAUGAAGACAUGGGGGCCUUCUGUCAGAACAGCACACAUGAAAACUGAAAGCCAGAUGUUUCAAGACCAUUGCACCACAGCAGAUGACGGGAUGUAUGAAGCAGAAGCAACAGGAACUGACUGGAUCCCUGAGGUAUUAGCUGAUUGAGAGGGGCAAAUAUUUGCCAAAAUAAAGGACUCAUUAUGAAUAUCACAAAUAUAACUCUACAUUAGAUUUGGUUUGAUAAUGUUGAAUUUUUAUAGGUACAUAGAAGAAAUGCUAGCACUGCUGUAUCUUCAUGUUACCAGUAGAUGCAAACUCAUUCAGCUUUUUUUGCUAAUCAUGGAAUUCAAUGGAUAAAUUGCUUUUGAACCAAACAUGGUUCAAAAUAUGUUUAAUAUAAUAUUUUUAAAUAAAGUGUUGUUGAUGUAUACCACUUUUUUAUUCUCCAGAGAAUGGAAUUUAGGAGUUUAGAAGCUUUAAAAGAAGUGAUGAUAAUUAGAUUUUGUCUUAAGUGCAUCCAUUUGUAUUGUCUUUGGAUUAAACAAUCUUUUUCAGAAUUUUAAAGCAAUAAUGGGGAUUCAUAUUUUAUUUGAAAAGCCACUAGUGAUGGAGAGGCAGAGCACACAAUAAUUUUCUAUAUACUUGUCCAAUGUAUGUUUACUAUUUAAUCACUUAAUAAUCCAGGCUAUAAAACAAUAUGUUUAUUUUUCAAAAAAGCACAUUAAGUUGUAUUAAUUUUAAAAGAUUGUUCCUGUCAUCUUCUUGUUUUGCAAAGGGAAGAAGUCUUGCUCAGAAUUUCACAGAAUAAUAUUAAUUAUUUUAUGGAAUAAUUGGUGCCAGAAUGAAAGCCACUGUGGUCUUGAAAUAUAUGGGUGAAGAUUAAGAAAAAUAAAUUUCCUACAUAGUGAUUCCACACAAUGUGACUUUUCUCAUAUUUUACAAAUAUCAACUUUUAUAAUAAAACCUGUGUAAUUUGAAUUUGUAAACCUCUAACUAUACUUGAAUUUAACUGUACAUAUUUGUAGUUGCUUCUCUUAUUACCAAUUCACUAUUUGGCUACUGUUCAGAUUUUGUAAAGUGUUUUGAAAAUGUUGUCCUUAUACAAAUAAAAAUUUAGAGACUAUAAAAAAAAUACUGUUUCUUUUCCCAACUGGCUGAUUCAUGUUUGAUAGUUCCCAUUAGUUUUUCUGUAAAGUAUUUUGAUUCAGUAAAACAUGGUCUCUAGGUACA